AUGCUUACCGUGCACCAUCUUCAACGCAGCCAGAGCGAACGCAUUGUUUGGCUCUGCGAAGAACUCGGAAUUCCAUAUGAGCUUAAAUGCUACCCUCGCAGUCCGCUCUUUGCUCCGCCAAAAAUCAAGGCACUGACACACAUGGGCGGCGCUCCCAUUAUCACGGACACGAGUUUUGACCCAUCCAACCCAUUAAUACUCGCCGAGAGCGGUGCCAUAAUGGAGUACAUUAUUCACAAACACGGCGAGGGACGACUAGCUUUGCCUCCAUCUCACAAAAAUUAUUGCGACUACCUCUAUUGGUUCCAUCAAUCAAAUAGCAAUUUGCAGCCAAGUAUCUUCAGAGCUAUGCUACUCGGAACAUUGAAGUUGGGACCCGAGCAUCCCGUGCAGAAGAAUGUAGAGUCGCGGCUGAAAACGGUCCUUGAUAUGUUGAAUGAUCGGCUCAGCCAGGUUUGCUGGUUGGCAGGUGAAGAGUUCACAGCAGCGGAUAUCAUGACGGUAGUUUCCGUGUCUACUAUGAGGCUAUUCUACACGAUCGAUUUGACUGGCUAUGGCGGGAUUCUUGCUUGGCUACAGCGUGUUGGACAGAGGCCGGCAUACAAGACUGCCAUUGAGAAAGGAGAUCCUGGGAUGGUUCCAAGUCUGGGAGCUGAACCGCCGGAGUUGUUCCCAGCUUGGGCUGCUGCUACGCAGUGA